AUGUCUGAGUCCAGCGACUCAAGCAGAUCGUUGAUCCCGAGCUUCCUCUACUCUUCCGAUCAUCGUCUGUUUCAGUCGAACGAGAAAGUAGAAAUGUUCUCUCCGACGUAUUAUGCGGCGUGUACGGUCGGCGGGAUGCUGAGCUGCGGCAUCACCCACACGGCGGUUACGCCACUCGAUGUCCUCAAAUGCAACAUGCAGAUAGAUCCGUCCAAGUACAAGAACAUAACUUCAGCUUUCAAGACAACAAUCAAAGAACAAGGGCUCAAGAGUUUCACUAGAGGCUGGUCACCGACGCUUAUUGGCUACAGUGCCCAAGGAGCCUUUAAAUACAGUCUGUAUGAGUUCACCAAGAAAUACUACUCAGACAUUGUUGGACCAGAAUACGCAGUCAGAUACAAAACCCUCAUUUACCUCGCCAGCUCGGCUUCUGCGGAAAUCGUCGCUGAUGUGGCUCUCUGUCCAAUGGAAGCUGUCAAAGUCAGGGUCCAGACACAGCAUGGUUUCGCCAGCGGUUUAUCUGAUGGUUUACCAAAGAUCAUUAGAUCCGAAGGCGUUCGCGGGUUAUUCAAAGGGCUUGUUCCUCUCUGGGGACGACAGAUUCCAUAUACAAUGAUGAAAUUUGCUACGUUUGAAAACACUGUGGAGCUCAUAUACAAGCGAGUGAUGCCUACCCCAAAAGAGGAGUGCUCAGAGUUAGUUCAGCUCGGGGUUAGCUUUGCCGGUGGAUACAUUGCUGGAAUUUUCUGCGCUGUUAUCUCACAUCUUGCAGAUAACUUGGUGUCAUUCCUCAAUAACUCUAAAGGAGCCACCGUUUCUGAUGUAGUAAAGAGGCUAGGGUUAUUUGGUCUGCUUACCCGUGGCCUUCCACUCCGCAUUUUCAUGAUCGGUACACUCACUGGAGCACAAUGGGUUAUCUACGAUGCUGUCAAAGUUUUAGCUGGAUUGCCAACCACUGGUGGUGCUUCUCCAGCUACUGCGCUUGCUCCAGCUGUAAGUGCUUAA